AUGGCAUUGGCUGCGUGUAUAUCUGGAUGGAAACAUUUGAAACCGGUAGUUGUUGUUGAUGGGACUCACCUGACUGGUAAGUAUAAGGGUUGUCUAUUAACGGCCAGUGGAAAAGAUUCUAAUUACCAGGUUUUUCCAAUAGCGUUCGCCGUUGUCGAUGCAGAGUCUGACCAGACAUGGAGGUGGUUCUUUGAGAAGUUGGUAGACAUUAUUUCAGAUUCCUCUGAUCUUACUAUUAUCUCGGAUAGGCACGGUGGAAUUGCCAAAGCUAAAAAGAAAUGGUAUCCACAGUCACACCACGGUGCAUGUCUUGUCCAUAUCCAGAGAAAUAUUCACGGUAAAUACAAAGGUUCCGGUCAGAAAUGGUUGGUCGGAAAGGCUGGAGAAGCGUUCACAGUUUCUAAUUUCAAGAAACUAUACGCAAGGCUGAAGGAUGUUGAUUAUCGUUGUUGGGGGUACAUGGAAAAAAUCCCUCUUGCGCUCUGGACUAGAUCACACUUUACUGGUAAGAGGUAUAAUAUGACCUCCAGUAACAUUGCGGAGUCUCUGAACAAUAUACUAUUUGCAGCAAGAGACAGUCCAAUCGUUGCAAUGCUAGAAUUUAUCAGGCGAAUGUUAAAUAGGUGGCUUGAAUGCAGAAAAGAGAAAAUUCAAAAGAUGGAUGGUGACGUUCCAGAAGAAGUUGACAAGUUAAUGAACCUGCAGCUUGAAAAAUCUGCUGCACUAUCGGUUCAAGGCAUUUCUUUGUGGGAGGUUGAAGUCAGUUCUGAGUUAGGUGUACGGCGGCAUGUUGAUCUCCUAAACAAAACAUGCUCAUGUCUAGAGUUUCAGACAUUGAAAUACCCUUGCCGACAUGCAAUGGGCGCGGCUAGGCUUCGUCAAGUGGAGUACAGCAGUUUGGUUGAUCCAAUUCUUAAGAAAUCAAUUUGGAGUGCAACAGUUAGUGGCAAAAUCCUACCAGUGCCCGACCCUGACGACAUUCGUAUCCCAGCUGAGGUGCGUGACCUGAAUAUUAUGCCACCUAAGUCAAAACGUCAAUCAGAAAGGCCUACGACAAAGAGAAAACUUUCAGCAGGAGAGUAUCCUCAGGUUGCGAAAAAAAGAAGCCAAACAAAUGCUCGAGAUGUGGAACCCCCGGCCAUAACCGGGCAAAAUGCAAGGAACCAUUGGGUUGACUGGAUGUGGCUUUUGUGUACACAACCUGUGACGGUGGACAACAUGAAUCAGUUUACAUUAUAUGGUGUAUGUGCAUUAUGGCUUAUGGCGUGUAUGCACAUUCUGGCUUAUGUUUACUGGACAAGGUGUACACAGUUUCUGUACACCUCUGACGGUGGACAUAGUUUGUGUACACUUUGA